AUGAAAACCUGUCUUAUCUUGCUCGCAGCCGUCGCAGCUUCCGUCGCUGCUAGCGAAAGCAAAAGCUCCAGAUACACUUUUUAUCAGAGAGACUACCGUUUGCCAUUCAUGAAGGGUAUUACCCUCAAAGGCCGAGUCGAGUACGAUGACAUCAUUGUUGGCAGAAAUCUCACACUCGCUCAGGAACAGGAGAAAAUCGCUGCUUGGGCAAAAAAGUAUAAUCGCACAGAGCAGGUGAAGAAAUUCAGAGCCGAAAAGGAUGCAAGCUUCAAGCAGCUUGAGCAGCGGAUCGCCAAUGUGCUUGCAGCUUUACCAGCCACCUUCCAGGAGUACUUGAAAAUUAUAAAAAGUGCUGACAAAACCAUGGAGGAGAUAAAGAAAGAAGAGAGAAACCUGAUCGCCAAGAAUGAA